AUGUCGCCUAUCGAACCUGUCCCGUCUCUCCCAUCAUCCACCCUCCAACAACACAUCGAGAAUGCGGUUGUCUCACCAUCUCCAUCCGUUUGGGAUCGUAUCUCGACCUGGGCAUCGGAAAACAAAGCGCUGGUUUACACAAUUGCCGGUGUUGCUGUCAUCGUGACGAGUGCUGGUGUUGUAUACUAUUUGUCCGAGUCUGGCAGGCCAACCCAGCUUUCUGGUCAGCCGGGAGAAAAGCGCAAGAGUAAAAAGGAGCGACGAAAGGAGAAGAAGGCCGAGCAGGAAAAAAAGGUGGCUAAUUCGGAUAAGUCAGAGGUCAAGGCAGCGACAGAACAGACCCCGGAAAAGCUCCCGGAAGUUGACGAAUCCAACGUUGAUAGUUUACCUGCACAGACCCGGGAACGCUACGCUGGGAUUCUCAAAGCCGCAGGGAACAAAGCCUUCGGAUCAAAGGAUUAUAACAGGGCGAUCGAGCUGUACGGCAAAGCCAUUCUCUGUAAACCUGACCCCGUUUACUACUCCAACCGCGCAGCAUGUUACAAUGCCCUUGGCGAAUGGGAGAAGGUUGUGGAGGACACGACUGCAGCAUUGGUUAUGGAUGACGAAUACAUUAAGGCAAUGAACAGGCGAGCGAACGCAUACGAUAAGCUUGGAAAAUAUAGCGAGGCACUUCUGGACUACACCGCUAGCUGUAUUCUGGAUGGGUUCGCGAGCGACACUGGCAAGGCUGCCGUGGAAAGAUUGCUGAAGCAGGUUGCCGAAGAGAAAGGCCGAACUAUUUUGGAGGGCAAGGGCAAGAAGUUGCCCAGUGCUACCUUCGUGUCGAACUACCUACAAAGCUUCCGACCAAAGCCGAUCCCCGAAGAGUUAGGCGAGUCUGUUGAACUGAAGGAAGAUAGCGGCCUGGGCCAGCUCCGAAAAGGGUUGUUGGCAGUUUCCAAGUCAACUGGAGAUGGUUAUGAUGAGUCCGCAAGGUCUUUCGAGAAAGCCCUAGAGCUAGGCGACCUUGGUCAAUUUGAAGCUCUUGCGCUGAAUAUGCGUGCGACCUUCACAUAUCUAGCAGGCGAAGCCUCUGCAGCUCUUGCUGACCUCAACAAGAGCAUUGAGCUUGACCCUUCGCUCGUUCAGAGCUACAUUAAACGUGCCAGCUUAUACUUGGAAAUGGGUAACCGAGAAUCAGCACAGGACGACUUUGACCUGGCUGUGACCCAGAACAAGGAUGACCCAGAUAUUUACUACCACCGAGCGCAGCUCCAUUUCAUCCUGGGUGAGCUCGGAGAGGCCGCCAAGGACUACCAGAAGUCCAUCGAUCUUGACCGGGACUUCAUCUACUCCCACAUCCAGCUAGGUGUGACGCAGUACAAACUAGGGUCGGUUGCAUCAGCAAUGGCCACCUUCAAGCGAACGCUCAAGAACUUCGAGAACGUAGCUGAAGUGUACAACUACUACGGCGAGCUGCUUCUCGACAUGCAGAAGUUCUCCGAGGCGAUUGAGAAAUUCGACCGGGCGGUCGAACUGGAGAAGUCCAACAAGCCCUGGAGCAUCAACGUGCUGCCUCUAAUCAACAAGGCUCUUGCCAUCUUCCAGUGGAAGCAAGAUUUCCAAGAGGCCGAGAACCUUUGUCAGAAGGCUCUGAUCAUUGACCCUGAUUGCGAUAUCGCUAUCGCCACUCUCGCCCAGCUCCUGCUCCAGCAAGGGAAGGUCUCCCAAGCUCUGAAAUACUUUGAACGGGCCGCAGAACUAGCCCGAACAGAGGCAGAGGUGAUCAACGCCGUGUCGUAUGCCGAAGCCACUCGCGCGCAGCUGGAGGUGCAGGAGAAAUACCCCAAGCUCGCCGCCAGACUAGCACAAAUGGGAGGUGCAGCAGGACUCGGUGCUCCCGUGACUUUACAUGCCGUCCCCAUCGACGGGAAUGAUGCCAUCGGAGCCCGCACGGUGGAAUUGGCAUAUCCGAUUUACCGCUCCAUCGUGGGCCGAUCUUCGAGAUCCGGUUCGAACAAGCUGGCUGCUACAGAGUAUAAUUUGCGGUUCGAUAACCGUGUCGUCUCGAGGAAUCAUGCUGAGUUCUUUGUCGACCUAAAGGAGAAACGAAUCUAUCUUAUGGAUACGUGCUCUAUGCACGGCACCUCCGUGAAUGGCGUCAAGUUGACAACAAAACCUAUACUGAUCUCGAAUGACGAUAUCAUUACUUUGGGGAAUACUGUCAACCGAGGACCUGAAUCCUUUGACCCGGUUAAAAUUCGCCUUGAGAUUACCUGGAGCAAUUCUCCCCAAGUUAUCACUACUUGCGAGGCACCAUGUACGAAUACAUUUGCAGUACCUGAGGACUAUGGAAGCGGGAUCGAGGACGAAUAUGACAGUGACGGUAUCGAACAAGAUCCCUUCAUGCCGUGGCAAGAGGUCUCUUCAUCAAAUUCAGAUGCAGAUAUCAUCUCGGUUAGAUCAUCUCCAGAGCCUGCCAAUGCUGAGACCGAAGACACUUCAUCUCAAGCUAGUAAAGAAGUCGAUCAUACCAAAGCCUUAAGCCACACCGCUAACGGUACCAUGCCGCUCAGGGUACCUCAGAAACCCAGGUUGGGGCACUCUUGGCGGGAAACUCUUACUCCACCAAAUAGAGCAGAUCGCGUUACAAUGACUAAGGAAGCUUCAAAGGGCAAUGACACCGACGAUUCCUCUCCAUUUGCUUGUCUCGCGCUAAACCCGCUACUUGACCAUUCGCCCGCGCCGAAGGAGGGGCUUCCUGAAUCUGACCCCGCCUCAGACUCCAAAGUUUCUCUAUUUGGAGCGGAUCGAAAUACCACGGACGGCCCAAGUAUAAGGCCUAAUGUCAAUGCAGUCGCUGGGAUGUUGUCUCCAUGGAGGGCCGUACCUUCAUUGGAUUUAAUCCAUUCCUCGGGAAUAUCCACACCGGAACAGCACCCGGAUGUGGUUGAAGGAACAUCAGAGGCCCCGCUCGUGUCUCACAAUUCCCUACCCGCAGUCAGUGCUAACACUAGAUCGAUGAAACGUAAAUUCGAUGAUACCUGUGUCACUGAGGAACAAGUUAGCCAAGAUCUUCCAGAUGCACAACCCCAAGAGGUAUUCCCAGAUCCAGAAGUAGUUGAGGAGAAGGAGAAUGAGCCCCCACGGAAGCGAGCUAAAACUACUACCCCCCGUCAGCUGUCUCAUGCUGCAGUUUUUGCCCGCUAUGCUGCAACUGCCAUCACUGGAGCCGUCAUUGGGGGAGUGGGUGCAGUUGUAGCGCUUGCUUCUCUUCCACCAAACUUCUUCGAUUAG